CACAUGUUGAAAGAAAAAUUAACCUUUUUGAAUAAAAAAGUCAUGACAUAAAAAUUGUCAUUUACAAAAAAAAAAACCUGUAAAAAUGGUAAUUGAAGACCACGGCUGAUUGAGGAUGGACAAUUUAAUACCCCUCCAACCGAAUACUAGGACCCAGAAUUUCUUCGCUCUCACCCAUGACUUCAUGAUCGGUUCUGGAUCUAUGCAAGGAUGGCGACCGACCAUGGAAGAUUCCUAUUCCAUUGUAGUAAAUAUGCCAAAUGAGCCAUUUACCUCCAUGUUCGGUGUCUUUGACGGUCACGGAGGGAAUGCCAUUUCAGACUUUGUCAGCAAAAACAUGUAUUAUUAUAUUGUCAGCGAUCCAGCUUUUAAGUCAGGGUCUAUAAAAGAUGCGUUAUUGAAUGCAUUCCAGCGUAUUGAUAACCUGCUUAUGAAUCAUUCUCAUUACAGACAUUUGGAAGAGGGAAGUACUGCAGUGGUUGUACUCAUCAGAAAUGGGACUCUAUUCUGUGCUAAUAUCGGAGAUUCCCGGGCAGUAGCCUACGCGCGGGGAGAAGUGAUUCCGCUUUCCCGUGAUCAUAAACCGGAGCUUCGGGAGGAAAACUUUAGGAUAGUGCAAGCAGGAUGUUUUGUCGAAUACGGCCGGAUCAAUGGCGAUUUAGCAAUGUCACGGGCCUUUGGUGACUUCAGGUUUAAAAGAAACAGGCGCAAGGAUAUGAGCCAACAGGCAGUUAUUUCAGAACCUGAUGUGGUUGAAUUUGUGAUAACGAAAAAUUGGGAAUUUGUAGUUUUAGCAUGCGAUGGGAUUUGGGAUACGAUGACAAAUGAAGAGGUUUGCUCUUUUAUCAAAAGUAAAAUCAGUAAGAAUAUUACAGUUGACAUAAUUUGUGAGCAAAUUAUACGCAAAUGCCUAUGCAAAGAAUAUCCAGCGCCGGAUUCGCUUGGUGCUGACAACAUGACGAUCAUUAUCGUUGUAAUCUUAGAUAAUGUUUGCAGGCCCUACCUCAACAUAAUUAAUCAAGCUGGUCGAUUACCUACAGUACAUUUUAUCAGUACAGAAGCCACAUGACUUCUAAUAUACAUUUAAAAUCAGAGCUUUUUUUUUUUUUAUUUUCAUUUACGGGUUCUAUGAAUUAAUAUUCAAUAGACAUUUCUUCUAAAUGAGUUAUGUAACUAUCUCAUCAAUCUUGGUACUUCCCACAUUAAAACGUUAAAAUUACAUGAGUUUUCUAUGGAACAGUUAAAUGAAAUUGCACAAUCAGAGAAGUGCCACCCCUUUAAAAUAUAGUAAUGUUUACUGCCAUCCGUUUGUUCAAACAAGUUAUCUUGACACGAGAAGAAUGCUAGAGAGUAAUAUUCUUCAGAUUGUUGAGGUUAUGAAUGGAAGAGAUGAGGGGUCCUUUGAUUCGCAAGAAUGUUAACGUGGUGAUCAUCUGGUAUAGAAUUCUUGUUGUAAUAAACUCAAAUAAUAAUAUAAAUCCAUU